AUGACUGUCUUCAUCGCCUCUCUGUUUCUCCCCCAUACGGUCAAUUUCCACGUCGAAAAAGCUCGCGCUGGAGGGACCCAAGAACCUCCUCAACAAGUUGCUGUGGUGCCCGAGACUCCCCCUCCAGCAACUCCAAAUGUCGGCGCCAGUCUAUUCGAGAAGAAUAACCCCCAACUCAAACCAGGUCUCACCCCGGGCGCAACUACAGACCAUGAGCGGAUUUUCACCGAAGGAGUAACCCAGAAUGGCUCGGAAACAGCAGGAUAUCCGUUUCCACGUACCGCAAAUGAGGAGAUCCAGCUUCUCACGGAGAGCGAAGGCCACUCGCCCGCAUGGGGUGCGACCACCCUGCUCAACCAGCCCAGACCACAAACAACCGUGUCGAUGUCGCCCUCCAUCCUCAAGCACGAAGACCCUGUGGUCCCAUCCCCGAUUAUCACGCCAGCCAAAACACCCGAGAAGGAAACCAUCGCGCCGUACCUUGGAAUCAAGAAAGCCGAUGCUCUCACCCGGAAAGUGUCAUUUUCCCGAGCGGAAUGGACGAUCGAGACUGCAGAGCAAGGUAAUGGCGGCUUGCGCAAUGCUGUCCGCUCGGCCAAGGAUGCUGGAUACCUUGGUGAUAUGAUGUGGGUGGGCACGAUGGGUAUGCCUACUGAUGCAUUGGCCCAACACACGCGCUCAGAAAUCGCGGAGCGAUUGGAAGACGAGCAUGACUCGUUGACGGUGUUUGUGAAUGAUGGCGACUUUGAUGGUCAUUACACUCACUUCUGCAAGACCAUUCUGUGGCCCGUCUUUCACUACCAGAUUCCCGAUAAUCCCAAAAGCAAGGCUUAUGAAGACCAUUCAUGGAUCUACUAUGUGAAGCUCAACCAAGCCUUCGCAGAUCGCAUCGCGAAGCACUGGAAGCGAGGCGAUUCGAUCUGGGUUCAAGAUUAUCAUCUGCUGCUAGUCCCAGCUAUGCUCCGCAAGAUGCUGCCAGAUGCACAGAUUGGCUUCUUCUUGCAUAUUGCGUUCCCAUCCUCUGAGGUUUUCAAGUGCCUCGCCCCGCGCAAAGAGCUUCUGGAAGGCAUGCUUGGGGCCAAUUUAAUUGGUUUCCAGACCACUGAGUACUGCCGACACUUCCUGCAAACCUGCAGUCGUAUCCUUUGCGUGGAGGCUACUCCUGAAGGAAUCCAGAUGGAGGACCGUUUUGUCAACGUGGGAACAUUCCCAAUUGGCAUUGAUCCGACUUCCUGGGAUAAGCGCCGAAAGGCCGCAGAUGUGGAAAGAUGGAUCGAUACUAUCUCUGAGCGCUAUCAGGGCAAACGGCUGAUUGUCGCGCGUGACAAGAUUGACUCUGUGCGAGGUAUCCGCCAGAAACUUUUGAGUUAUGAACUGUUCCUCAACACCUACCCUGAAUGGGCAGACAAGGUGGUAUUGAUCCAAGUCGCGACUAGCACGACGGAACAGCCCGAGCUAGAGGCAACGAUCUCUGACAUAGCCAUGCGUAUCAACUCGACCCAUUCAACGCUUGCUCACCAGCCUCUGGUCUUCCUCAAGCAGGAUCUGGCAUUCCCACAAUAUCUUGCCCUGAUCACGGUGGCCGAUGCUUUGAUGAUUACUAGUCUUCGUGAAGGCAUGAACCUGACCAGCCAUGAGUUUGUGUACUGCCAGGACGGUAGCUACGGAGACAAGAAGUACGGAUCACUCAUUCUCAGUGAAUUCACUGGUAGUGCGUCCGUCUUUGGGAACCACGCGCUUCUCGUGAAUCCCUGGGACUAUCGCCAGUGUGCCAGAGCGAUUCUCACGGCUCUGACACGAGAUGAGAAGAAACGAAAGGAGGUCUGGGAGGCCCUGCACAGCGCUGUUUUACAAAACUCCACUGGCUACUGGGUCAAGUCGUUCAAUGAGACCCUGAAACGAGUGUGGGACGAGCAGUCGUCGCGCGAGAUCAUGGCCGUACCACGCCUCUCUGUGCCUCGACUUGCCGAGCAAUACCAAAAAUCAAGUCGUCGACUUAUGAUCAUCGACUAUGAAGGAACCCUUGCCUCGUGGGGAUCCCCACGCAGCAUCAUCCUCACCACCCCGCAACGUGCGAUCACCACGUUGACCGACCUGACCGAAGACCCUAAAAAUGUUGUCUACGUGAUGAGUUCGCGCAUGCCAGAGGAGAUGGAACGGUUAUUCCGCCGAGUCAACAACCUAGGUCUUAUUGCCGAAAAUGGUUGCUUUGUCCGUGAGCCGCACUCGGACGACUGGACUCACCUCGCAGACAAAGCCCAUAUUGAGAACUGGAAGGUGUCCGUCUCUCACAUUCUAGCAUAUUUCAAGGACCGUUGUGAUGGCAGUUGGAUCGAAGAGCGUCAUUGCUCGCUUGUUUUCCACUACGGAUCCGCCGAAGACAAGGCUAGCGCCGCGCGCCUCGCAGCCGAAUGUGCUGAUCACAUCAACGACUCUUGUGCUAGUCAGGGCAUUCAUGCCCUCCCCAUUGAGGGCGCGCUAGUUGUUGAAACAAACAACACCAGCAAGGCAUCGGCCGCAGAGCUGGCCUGGCGAUGGUGCUUAGAAAAGCGAGACGAUGAGAAGUCAGCCCCCAACCCGGACUUCUUGCUUGUCAUUGGCGACAACCGCGAAGACGAACCCGUAUUCCGAUGGGCGAACAAGCUGCAGAAAGCUAAGGGAGUUGAUUACGCCAUGACUGUUACUCUGGGAUCGCGUAGCACGGAGGCCAAUGCUACCUUGACACAGGGAGUGACUGGUGUUUUGUCUUGCUUGCAUCAGCUAGUCAACCCGUCAGAGAAGACUCCUGUCCCAAUGCGGUAA